AGUCAACAAAUCAACUCUUGAACACAAGAUUCACGGUAAAAGCUGAAUCCAGUUGUUUGCUUCAAUCCUAUUUUGGGGUAAACUUAAUGUCAAGUAAAGGUAAAACUGCAAAAGGCCCAAAAAAUUGACAAACAAUGAAAAUAAGUUUACAAUUGAAAGGGACGAGUUAUCACAAUUGUAGGUAGAUAAUCACAAAUGACAACUAUUGGAAAUGUAUUAAGUGUAUGAUUUGAGUGUCUAUCAAUCACUAGUUCUUACCUCACUCAUCAUCUUACUUUUCAUCCAUCAUCUUCACCUUUUUCAUCUUCUUCAGUCUAAUGGUGAUUUCUGACUUGAGUCUCGAUGUUUACCCAAUUCAGUACACAUUGAAUACUCUUGGAAAGGUAAAGUAAAAAAAGAAGGCAAAAUUAUCCAAAUACAAGUUGAUUGUUGUUGAUGAACAAAAGUAGACUAAUCAGUUAAUGGUUGACAUGAUGUUGAUGGAUAAAGCUUUACCAGGUACUGAGUCAAGAAAUUAAAGGUAAAUACUUAUAUUUAUUUUUGUUUCCCUUGAUCAGGCGACUGUGAAAAGUAGAGUUUAAUUGUUACAAUCAAUAGCUACUUUAACAUUAACCUUGAUAUUGAAAUUGUAAAUGAUAACUUCUGGGUUGAACAGAAACAAAACAUCAAUGAUAACUGUGCUAAUUGAUAGAUUGCAAUCAAUAUUCAAGAUUGAAUUUAAAACUAAUAGCAAUUUAGUGCAUCUUUCAAUCUAUACUUUAGUAGCUUGGACAACUUUAUUCUGGUUGCAAUUAAUUUCUGUCAUUUGUGGUUCCUUUUGGAUACCAAUUAUGGUUGUGGGUUGUUAUAUUGUUGGUUUUAAUUUUGGUUAAAAAGUAUCAAAUUGCAAUAAAAUGUCCUGAUGACAAUUAAUGGCUUUAUUCAAUUUGAAGACAAAAUUGUGAAUAAAAAAAGGACAAACAAAAAAGAGUGAUGAGAAGCAAGCUAAGCAACUCACACCCAAGUCUAAUUCAUGAUAAUCAUCCUGAGCUCAGUAUCAGCAUCAACAUCAAAAUCAGCAACAUCAUCAUCAUCUUAAUCAUUUGGCUUCUUUUCCAGCCAAUAACACUAUCUCGGGUAACAUAAACAUUAAAUUUCACUUUACAGCAAUACAAGUGAAAAUCGGUUUCAUUUAUGGCUAAUAUCGGCUCAAUUGGGUGACUUGACUGGAUGGUUAACCGACCAAUACAAUUUUCCCAUGUGAAAAAUUGAUUGGGCUCAAUAUUAAUUUCGAGAGAUGAACGAUUAAUCAAAUAAAAGGCAUAAUUUGAAUAGUUUGGCUUUGUUCUUUUAUCAAUAGAUUCCAUUAGUUUAUAAGGUCUCCUGCAGUGAGAGGCCACUUCUCAUUUUACCCUCUUCUUGUUGUCUUAAGCCACCAUCAUUUUACUCUCUUUCUAUCUCCCUUUCUCUCUCUCCUCCUGUCUACCUGUUUUCAAAUCUUCAAUUCUUAAAUCACAUUUCAUCUUCAGGUUAUCCACAUUUAACCUGCAUCCAACCCACAAUCCCAAAGUUUAGCUUUAACCUGAAAGCUUUUCUGGUUAAACAAAUUUAUUUUUCCCUCUCUAACUCCCUUGUAAUUUGUAUGUUUACUUUUUUAAUUGCAAACCAUUGAUUGUUGAUUUGUUUACCUUUCAAGAUGAUUCUCCGAGUUACCAUGAUUUAAAUUGUUCACUUGGAUCCAUUUUACAUUAAGUUUUUAACCCGAAAAAUUUCACUUUUCCGCUUACAUCUCGAAAAGGAUUACCAUUUUGAUACCGGGAUAGUUACACAUCUGUUUUUAUUUUGGCUUUUAUCGAGCAAUCAACUUGAUCAUGGUCAAUUUCCGAGAUGUACAUUCUUUUCUCCUGUUAAUAAAUUCAUAGUUAAUGUUAUGUUAAACAUUUUAAACAUCAACAGUGAACUAGAUUUUCGACUGGAAAAAACAAUCGCUUAAUCUCAACAACGGUUUUCGUCUGUUAUACAAUCAUGUGUUUGAGUCUCCAUUUCAUCACUAACCGGGUUAAUGCGUUAGCAAGCUUACUGUUGCUGUUUACGCUUGUUUCCUCGGAGUCAACUUUCGUGUGCCCACCUUCAUUAUUAACUGCUAAUUGUACUUGUGAAACAACAAGUUAUAUCGUUAAUUGUUCCAGUGAAGUUAAUCACCGUAAUAAGCUCAAUUGGCUACAUGAUAUCCCAAUUGAAACAAAGACUUUGAUCAUCAAUGGACACAAUCUUGCAACUUUGACAAAAGAUACUUUUGGUGCAGCUAAAGAUGAACCCAAACUCGUGGAAUAUAUUGAUUUGUCCAAUAACAAUAUACAAUUUAUUGAUGGUCAAACAUUUUCUGGUUUUACCAAUGUAAAAAAGUUGAUUCUCAGUCAUAACAAAAUUCGUAUUACAGGUGACAAUUACCGAGGAUUAUUCAAGCCCUUUGUCAAUCUGGUUGAGUUACAUUUGGUUUCAGCAUUUAGCGACACUUCCAAUCCAUCAUUUGUACCCAAUCUAUUAACACUAUUGAGAGAAGCCAAUUUGACAGAGUUAAGUCUCCUCUCCCUGGAACUGAAUGGAAUCCAUGGAUUUCCUGAUUCUACGUCUUUCUGUUUCCUUCCAUCCUUACAAAAGCUGUUUCUUCCUGGGAAUUCAUUAAACCAAAUUCGUCUCAAUUUCACUUGUACACCUAAAUUGCGGACACUCGAUUUAUCUCACAACAGGAUUAAACAUUUGGACAAUGAGUCGACAGCUCUAUUGGCUGAUCUUCCCAGAUCUUUUCACAUUAAUUUGACUGGAAAUCCGUUUUCAUGUGACUGCCGAAGUGAACAUUUUCUUCGCUGGCUCAAACGAACCCCUCUAUUCAUUAUGGGAAAAGACAAUUACAUUUGCUUAUCUGGAUAUCCAUCUUCAAAUGCAUACCGGCGGCUAAUUCAGUUGCCAAUUACAGAUAUUGAUUGCGAUCCCAUGGAAAAUGAAUAUGCUUCAUCUUCUUUAUUAACCUUCUAUCCUCAUAUCAUUCUGGCCAUAUUGACAGUAACCGUGAUACUUUUAUUGGCUCUUGUCUUUUAUCAAGUUCGUUCUCACAUAAUGACCUUUUGCCUGGCUCAUGUGUUCAACAAAACCAAUGCCAAUUACUGUGCACUUCGACGCGAUGAAAAAAAUGAUACACUGCCUAGGAAACGAAUUAUUGAGAUCUCUGUAUAAUUUAAAGCAAUCAAAUUACAAAGAAAGAAAGAAAACGAAAUUUUCUAUUUUCUUUUAUAAAUCUCUAUUUAUU